AGGCGUCAGUUCCGAAAAAUUAUCAGUGUUGAAGUUAAGGUUAUUGAAAUAGUUUCGUUGAAGACAUCACAGAGGAAAAUUCAAAAUGUUGAAGAAAAUAUUUACUAUUGUAUUAAUCAGUGCAUUAUUCGUUCAGAAUAUUUCUGCUGGUGAUGACGCCACGACGGAGGCCGCUACAACAGCUAAGCCGGAUGAGACCACGACGCCAAAAGUGACUACACCGCAAGUGACGACACCGGAAGUGACGACACCAAAAGUGACGACACCAAAAACGACACCCGAUUCUGGAAAAGGCCUUGUUUCAACAUGGAUGCAAGGGGGGAAGAAAAUGGUUGAUGAUAUGGAUAAAGUGGCAGAAGAUACAGCGAACAAAUGGUUGGCACUCUGGGGAUAAUUAGUGAUUAACGACAAAAGGAAGUAACGAGUUCGUCUGUAUUUGAAAGUAUUAGUAAUAAAAAUAAAUAAUAAUUACAUA